UUUUCAAAAUGGAGAGGUAGACAAGGAUGGUUACAGUGAAACAGCAACUAUGCGAUGUUUAGCUCUUCAUAAAUGUUGAUUCGUUUAGGGUAACGUUAUUGCGCAUAGAAAAGAAAGCAUAGAAAUGAAGUCGGCCGUGGAGGAGUUAAUGCCCAGGCUUCUGCCUGUGGAAUCAUAUGAUACAGAAGAUGUUGAUCCCAGCCAACCUCCCAGAAACCCUAAAGAAUAUCUCAGACAAGUUCAAAAGGAAGCAUCUUUGUGCCCAGAUGUUGUUGUUGCACAAAUAGAUCCAAAGAAGCUAAAGAAGAAACAAACUGUGAAUGCGUCUAUCUCAGGUUGUUUGUCUGCACCUCAGGGUUUCUCUCCCAGCCUAACAUGGCAACAACAACAAGUCAGCAAAUUUUCAGAAGUCAGACAGAGUGUCAACAAGCAUCGUCAGCAUUGGGAAGCCCAGUUUUUGGAUGAUAAUGUUGUCAUGCCAAAAACUGAGGAUGAGGAUGGAUGGAAAAGGUUCUGCUUGGGUGAGAAUGUUUGUCUUGGCAUCCAGCAGAAAGAAGAUGACAAUGUUAACCCCGGUCUUGAUUACGUCAAGACUGGUUUCCCACCUUUACUUAGCAUCGUCAGUAAAUUAAACCAGUCAACAGUCUCUUCUGUGCUUGAGUAUUUAAUCAGCUGGUUUGAGGAGAGAGACUUUGUACCCCUGUUGGGCAGAUGGCUAUAUGCAUUACUAGCGUGCCUUGAGAAACCACUGCUUCCUGAAGCCCAUUCCCUUAUCAGACAGCUGGCAAGGAGGUGCUCUGCAGUGCGUGCCAAUCUGGAGAGCGAAGAUGACGAUCGGUUGUCAGCUCUUAACUUGAUGAUCUGUAUUGUUGCCAGGUAUUUUGAGCAAAGUGAUUUGGCUGACAAAGAAUGAGACUAUCUUGGAAGGAGAUGGAGCCAUUUGAAGAAAAUGUAUGCGGUUGGAGGAAUCAUGGGCAAGAGUUUGUUGUAACAUUUAGAAAGAUUUAUACAGUACCUUAGCUUGCUUUAGCGAGAUAACUUUUAUUUCAAGCACUGAUGUUGUCAAAUAAAUCCUUUUGACUUGUCACAUAAAACACAUUUUCAUUAAAAUUAGCUUUCUUG